CAGGGUGAAGGAGGGAGGGAGUAAUGGCCGGUGUGUUGGCCCCGUGUGAUGGUGCUGAGGUGACAGUGGCGCGGCGUGGACCAGCUGACACCUGUGCUGGCUCAAUGAGGGGUGCCGCGUGGGCCAGGUGGCGACGGUGAGUGCCGGGGCGGCCUGGCAGGGUGUCACUCCUGCCCUGCCAGGAGAGGCUGACUCGCCUUGGCCUGACAUCACUGGAGGAGAGGAGGAGACAUGAUGCAAACCUUCAAGAAUGUGUCAACGUUAAGCGAUGAAUAUGACCGCCAUGAGACUAGGAGACAGAGAAGAGGCACCUUUGACGAGCACUGACUCUAAACUAUCACCAAAGGACAGUCCAGCGGUGAAGCCGAGUGCGUCCCGAUGCAGCGUGGUGGCAGCCUCCUGCUGUGCGCCAGGCUGUGAGAGCAGGAACACUGUGGACUGCAAACUCACCUUCCACACGUUUCCAAAAGCCCCUGAGUUGCAGAAGAGGUGGAUCACUGUCACUGGCAGCAAGAAAGAGAAGUGUUUUGACCGCACCGGCCAGACCACCAGGCUCAGGACAGGGGCCUUGCCAAUCAUCUGGAAUUAUGUCCCCUGGAAGAAAAGAAAUACAAAAUUACCCUUUCUUCCUGUACCCUUGGAAGAGAUACUGGAGUCCACCUGUGAGCCCAACGUCAGCAGCCAAGAUACCAGGCAGCAUCAGGGGCUUCGUGGUGCAGUGGUUAGCACACUCGGCUCACAACUGAGAGAGCCCAGGUUCGAUUCCCGGGCGGAGUGGAAUAAUGUGGGCGUCUUUUCCAAUGCCCUACGCCCCUGUCCACCCAGCAGUGAAUGGGUACCAGGUGGUGAGGCCAAGGGGGCAGAGUGCUGUCCCUGCCACCGCGUGCUGUCCGGGCUGCACCACGACCACCGCUGGCUGAAGGAGGUCACGCUGGACUGCCGCGUGUGCUUCUGCUGCUUCAGGGGAGAGAUGCGCCAGGGGAACCUCACCACCAUGUGUCUCACCCUGCACCAGCUGACCAGGGGUGUCAGGUUCCUGCACAGGUGAACGAAGGUGGAGUCAUGGCUUUGGGGCGGCUCGCUAAAA